GGGAGGAUCGGGGGCGGGGCGUUGUCAUGGUGACCCCGGUCUUCUCCUGCGGUAGGCUGUGGCUACCUGGAGCUUGUAUUGGUGCUUGAUAGAUGACAGCUGGAAACGAGCUCAGACGCUUCGAGCAGCACUGAGCGGAAAAGCUUCGGCGGGGAUUAGAAUAACUCUCCGCUUUCACGAUGGUGAGGGGCAGAGGUGGCUUGGUUCUGUUGGGUUUGUGGUUGUGUGUUCAUUCGGUGCCCAUCAGCGUGGACAAGAGCACAGGGAAGCCUGAGGUGGAAGACCUGGAGCCCCCCAGGAGCACGGACACAGGGCUGCACUAUGACCGCUAUCUCAGGGAAGUCAUCGAGUUCCUGGAAAAAGAUCCCCAUUUUAGAGAGAAGCUGAAGAAUGCCAAUAUGGAUGACAUCAAGCAAGGUAAACUUUCCAAAGAGCUGAACUUUGUCCAACACAACUUUCGGUCUAAGCUCGAUGAGUUGAAGCGGGAAGAAAUAAACCGUCUGCGAAUGCUCAUCAAAGCCAAACACGACACUGAGGAGCAGAAUGGCCAAACCAUGGACCACCAGGCUCUGCUGAAACAGUUUGAGCACCUCAACCAUAUGAACCCACACACGUUUGAGGUGGAUGACCUGGACCGUCUCAUUCAGUCGGCAACCAGAGACUUGGAGAACUUUGACAAGGAACGCCACGAUGAGUUCAAAAGGUAUGAGAUGAUGAAGGAGCACGAAAGGAGGGAGCGCCUGAAGGCCAUGAGCGAGGAUGACCGCAAGAAAGCUGAGCAGCAGUACGAAGAGAUGAAGAAGAAACAUGCGGAUCAUCCUAAAGUCAAUCACCCGGGGAGUGAAGACCAGCUGAAGGAGGUGUGGCAGGAAACCGAUGGUUUGGACCCCGAAGAUUUUGAUCCUAAAACCUUUUUCAAAAUGCAUGACAGCAAUGGAGAUGGCUUCUUUGAUGAAAGUGAGCUUGAAGCUCUCUUCACUAAGGAGCUAGAGAAAGUGUACAACCCUGAAAACGAGGAGGACGAUAUGGUUGAGAUGGAAGAAGAGAGACUAAGAAUGAAGGAGCAUGUUAUGAAUGAGGUGGACACCAACAAAGACAGGCUGGUGUCAUUCAGCGAGUUCAUGGCGGCCACCAAGAAAGAGGAUUUCUAUGAAAAAGACGAGUGGGAGACUUUGGAUCAGAACCCUAUGUACACCGAGGAGGAGCUGAGGGAGUACGAGCAGCAUUUGGCCAACGAGGAGAGUGACAUCAGCAAGAAGUCGGUUGAGCUGCAGAAGCAGAGAGAAGAGCUGGAGAGACAGCAGGAGGAGCUGAAUGCUCAGAAGUUGGGGCUAAAGCAGGCAAUGGAAGAAAUGGAAAAGAUUAAAUCUCAAAAAGCUGAGAUAAAACAGCCGGGGUCUGUUGUUACUGAAGGACAGGCCACACCAGUCAUUCCAGGAAACAGUCAACCUCUGCCCCCAGGUCACCAGCAGCAAGACGUCCCCGUCCCAGGACAUUCUUAGCAGUCCCCUCUGCUGCGUCGGUGUGUUUGUGUUCUCAUCAUCUCAGUCCUCUGUUGUUCAGGAUUUUGCAAUCAUUUCUUGACAAAAACAAAAAACCUGCCUAAUGAUUUAGAGCUGAAAGGUUUCAGGUUUGGUGCCAAUGAUCACUUUCCCGUUCCAGGCCUCGUCAGCUGAAUGAGCCCGACUUGAAAUGAGUUUAUUCUGGACAAUGGACCCUUUUUGUUUUUUCACCGUUUUGAUCUCUGUUCUCCACGGGAACCGCAUUGGGCUGAAUGUGAGGGCAGUUUGUGCUUUGUUGUGACUUACAUCAUGCAUCACAAGAAAAAACUUAUAAAAAAAGUCUAUUUUCCCAGAAAAUGAAUUUCUCUUAAAAAGAUUACUGAGUCUGAGGCAGAAUAGAGAUGAAACCGUUUCCUAGCUGUUGUGACCUUUGAACCAGAUGAAGUUAAACACUGUAUAAAUUAUUUACAUUUUGUUUUCUUUUAUAAUAUUUUUGCUGUUAUGGAGCAUUCCUGACUCAAGUGCUUGUGUUGUUUGUUUUAGUGCGUAAACACCUUCAUAUCAGUGUCAUUUUUCAUGAUAAAGACAUUUUUAUUUAUUUUCUAAAAGUAUAUGAUUACCCAGUAACAGGAUAACAGGCAAGAACACUUGUAUGUAUUUUUUAUUUCAUUUUUAUGCAGAAUAAUUACUGAUAAGACAAUUUUACCUCCCUUUUUUUGCUUUCAACUUGUGCUGUAUUUUUGUUUGUAUUCUAAACAUUUGUUUACCCCUUUAAAACUGAAGACCACCCACCAUCCUGUGAAGUGAAUUCAUUACAAUAAUGUAGGUGAAUGGCGACAAUAAAAACGUGUAACUUCAUACA